AAUAUGAGUAUUCGUCUAAGUACAGAUAGGCGGUGGGUACGUUUUCGGCCCAAUGAUCCAAAACACAAUUCACGUGUAGUAGACGAGACGGAACCUUUGAUCUUUCUUUCUCCAAAGUCCAAACAUACAAUUGAGGAGCUGAAACGAAGAGACAGACAGUGAGUGGUUGACGAGAACAAACCGACAACUUCACAAAAAUCCUUCCGACCAAAAUGAAUAAAUCCACCAUUUACGCUUGGCUUGUUUCAAUUGUAUGCUUCCUUGUUUUGAUGAUCGUCACCCCUUCCAUCCCUCAGUCCCAGGACUACCACGAUUUCGCUGAUCACCGCCAAUUUUUCGGUAUACCUAACACACUGAACGUGGUUUCAAAUUUUCCAUUCUUGAUUAUCGGCCUCAUAGGACUUGUACUUUGCUAUCAUGAGAAUUAUUUUAGGCUGAGUUUGCGAGGUGAGCUUUAUGGUUGGACUUGCUUUUAUAUUGGCGUGGCUCUUGUAGCCUUUGGCUCCUCUUAUUAUCAUCUUAAGCCAAAUGAUGCUCGCCUUGUCUGGGAUCGGUUACCCAUGACCAUUGCAUUCACUUCGAUAAUUUCAAUAUUUAUUAUUGAAAGGAUUGACGAGUACAAGGGAACACUGUCCAUCAUACCUUUAUUGUUGGUCGGUAUAGUUAGCAUUUUAUACUGGUGCUUGUUUGAUGAUCUACGCCCCUAUGCACUUGUCCAGUUUGUUCCUUGUAUUGCUAUUCCAUUAAUGACUAUUUUGUUACCUCCUAUGUAUACACAUUCUACAUACUGGCUUUGGGCUGCAGGAUUUUAUCUAUUGGCAAAGGUAGAAGAAGCUAGCGAUAAACUGAUAUAUAAAUGGACAUAUCAUAUUGUUAGUGGCCACACACUUAAGCACUUAUGUGCUUCUAUGGUCCCUGUCUUCUUAACAUUGAUGCUUGCCAAGCGAACAAUUGAACCAGACAGGCAGAGUUUAUACAAGAUUUGGAAGGUGACAUUGAUGAAGUUUAGAGAUGAUAAAAACAAGGUAGAGGCAUCAGUUUGUUCCUUCUCAUCUGUCCCUAUCCUAGAACCACAAUAGUUUAGAUUUGGAAUAUAUUUGAACUUGGUAAAUAUCGCUCUUAUACUGUAUAGCUGCAUUGAGAAAGACCACACAGAACUCAAGCUCCCAAAUGUAACCUCUCUUUAAUUAUCUUCAAAUUCUAAUUUGCUUCCUCCAGUGACCAAUGGAGUGUAGAGUGAGUAUAGUAUUGUUUGAAUACAUUAACUCAUCGAUAUCUAUUUGGUUAAAUUA